GGCGAGCACUUGCGGGCGGCGAUGGAGGUGUUGAGAUUGAGGAUGAGCUUCGCCGCCGCCUUCGCGCUGCUCUCGCUCCUGAUGGCGUUCGUCCUCCUUCCCCGUCGCCGCCCAAAGCCCGGCGCCAUCUCCUUCGAGCGACGGAGUGGCGGUCGAUCAGGGAAUCGCGUGCUUGCUGAUGCUCGUGGCUCUGGUGCUCACCUACAUCAUCCACUGAAGUUCCUCCCCUCCCCUCCCAUUUUCAUUUCUGAUCUCUCCAUGUAAACACAACAGAACAGAUUCAUUUCAUUUGAUCAUAUUCUUGUGCAAAUCCUAUAUGAAUUUCUAGGGCUUGCAGAUUCCGUCACCCUUCGAAGACGUACCUCUUUUCUUCCAUGUUCGCUUGCGUAGAAUGUCCGUCUCGUUUCGAAUUCUCCGACGAUCAGAUUGCAUUCAGCCUAUUUGAUCCGAUCGCGCAAGCGAGGUCAUUCUGAGAGAAUCUCUCCGCAUGCCCUAAUAAGUCGGUCGCCAAAAUUUCACGCGAUUUCGAGUUUUUGGUAAUCGUAUUUACGAAUCUUUAGAA